CUUCCACCUCCACCGGCUCCACGCGCCCCACACCCCGUUCCUUUCCUUCCUUCCACUCGCCUUCGCCUCCCUUCCCUCGCUUCUCCACCUCUCUCUCUCUCCCUCACGCCGCCGACGUUCCGUUUUCCUCGGCCCGCGAGCUGAGCAGAGCAGAGCUGCGGCCUGCGACGGAGGCCACUAUGGCGGCAUCAUCGGCGGACGAGCUGGUGGCAGCAGCCGCCGGCAUCAUCUGCUCGAUGCGCGGGGCCGACCUCGCCGCCGGCUGGGCGCCGCCGCGGCGCAAGCAGCAGGAGCCGGCGCGGGAGGGAGCGCUGAUCUGGCCGGCGGUGGCGCGGGGGAAGCGGUCGCGCCGCCGCUCGCCGUCCGCGGGCUUCUCCUCCUCGGGCAAGGCGCGGUGGGGGGGCAGGGCCAGCCCGGCGUCGACCCUCGACUACAGCGGCGGCUCCGGCUCCGGCUCCGGGUCCGGCUCCGCCGCGUCUACCAGCGGCGGCGAGGACGGUGGCUUCUGCUCCCUGCCCCACCGACCCGUACGACCAGCGGCCAAGGUGGGAGCCACCGACCGGCCGCAGCUCAUCUUCCCGACCCCGCCGCUUCCACGCCUCGCCGGCCAGCGACCGCGGAAGAAACUGAGGCUGCCGGAGAUGCAGCAGCUGGUGCGGUCACUCGCCGUGGACAACGAGAGGCUCCGCGAGGUCACAGUCACACACCGCUCCUCAUCUCAGGAGAUGCGGGAUCUACAGGGAGCUUGCGAGGCGCUGUCCAAGGAAAACGACGAGCUUGAGACAAGGUUAGGCCAAUCGAGCCGUCAGAGCGAGGUCGCUUCGAAGGAGCAGAGAGGAAAGGGUCUGCUUGAUCCGCGGCAGCCCGCACGGGACAGCUUCGCGCUACCUGAUCUCAACCUCCCACCACAGGACUCUGCCGAUGUCUCAACAGUUUCAUUGAUCGCUCCAGAUCGUUUGCAGCUUUGUUAAUCGAACAACAAGUGUACAGAGAGGAAGCAGGGUAGCAGUCUAUGCAUCCGUUCUUUUUUAUUUGUCGCAGUUUAGUUUAAAAAUAAACUAGCGGACGGCAAAUUUUCGAGAACUGUAGUAUUUGAUAAGUUGUUACUAGAUCACAGAGUUUUAUUUCGACUAUAGUCGUAAGUGAUAAGCCACAUCUGUAGCUAAAGGGAGCUCUAAUUUUAACUCACCCGACAUUAAUUGUUUUCAGAUCCAGCUGAUCGCCACACUGUAGUGUAGUGGGUUUAGAUGGAUUUUAUUCAUGUUAUUUCGCUCGAUUAGGCGAAGAAAUGUUACAUGUGAAGAUCUGAAAUUAUGAGAAAUAAAACCGUUAUUUCUGAAUGGUUU